UUGAAUAAAAAGCUGACGUUGUUUUCAACAUAGUGUAUUUUUGUCCGUUGUGACGCCACCGGUGGGUUGUGUUGAAGCGACUGUUUACACUGAUUUUACAGGUAUCAUAACACGAACACAAAACCUUUCCACUCGACCACAAGAUUGUUCCACUUUUUGUAAGAGAUCCACUAAAGCUAAGAGCUUUGAUUUUCAAAACUGUUCAGCAAUGAGCAGCUCUCUAGCUAGAUUCACCCAAACAGAUGAAUAGAAACUCCGACAAGAAAUUCGACAGUCGACAAUAUUCCGAUGGAAGCUUCAUUGAUGAAUCGGCUACAACCAUUAACGACACCCCCGUCCACACCCCUGACGGGGAAGAAUUAUUCUCAACUGAUUACGUGGAGAAUUUGGUCGAGUCGUUCUGGACUCGAGUGGAUGAUAAGAUCGACAAGGCGUUCCACGAGCGAGACGCAAAUAAGACGACACAGGAGGAAAUACACCAGACGAAGAAAGAAGAGGAGAAAAACGAAAAACUCGCGCUUGAUAGGUGCACUCAGUACUCAAAGUUCAACUAUCUUUUUUUCCUGGUGUUCAAGUUUAUUUUAAGGAUUUGGUCCCUACUCAAGUCGAAGAUUUGCAAUGGGUUCGAGUGCUGCUGGUCGGCAACUCGCGAAGUUCUUAUACCGCUAUUAUUUCACCGAAACUCUCACUUGUCUCUUGUCAUACUAAUUGUUCUCGACGUGGGCCUGAUAGCGCUUGUUUUACUAGAAGACUAUGGCGCCAUUGAUGGUCGAGGAAAUGAAUCUUCUUUUUAUAUUUUUCAAUGGAUAUGCUUUGGAGUACUAUUUUUUUAUUUGCUUGAGGUAUGCCUUAAGAUCCUGGCUCUUGGAAAAGAGAUUUUUACGGACAAAUUAGAGUUGUUUGAUUGUAUUCUCGUCAUUUUCUACUUCAUCGCAGAAGCUGCGCUGACAAACGCCUUCAGACGAAUAGAUGCCGUAUACCCCAAGUACUUGCACAUGGUUGUCGUACUUCGACUAUGGAGAAUGAUCCCUGUUCUUAACGAUAUGUCUUGCGUUCAAGAAGAAAUUGACCGAAUGGAAUCCCAGAGAAAACAAGAUAAAUAGCGAAGAAGAGUGACUAUUGGGACUAGGAAGAAUGCGUCUACGGGUCAACUACAUCAACAAGAUUAGAGUUAUUUCACCAGGAGAUCAUUUUGUAAAACUCGCUGAAAUGGGUAUCAUUAUUUGCGUUUGUUAAAAACGGCGUUGGUAACAACGCCGGGACAAUCAGAACCACUUGACCGGAAAGGGAUCACAGAGAAGAAAGGGAGGUCUAUGCAGCUACGGGUAUUGCUGUUGUUUUUUAUACUUUUUUCAAACCACAUGUCCCUUGCUGCUCAUAAAUGUGCCAAGUAUAGCGGUUUAUGUCGUCGGGCGAGGGUAGCACAUUCCAAAAUCCUAUAACACAAUUAUCGUGCGCCUGUAGAACAUAACUUACUGACCAUGCCAACUACACCGGAGGCGAGGGAGCGAAAACAGAAAACAAAAAGAGAGUUGACUUGAAGAAGUGAUCUGUUAAAUAGCUUCUCGGAUCUACAUUAUACAUAGUUGUGAUUCGUCGAUUGUCCUGGUGCAUAAGAACAUAAAGGCAGAAUACUAGUA